AUGCUCUUUACCGCGAAAAAACCGCUAUUUUUACUACUGCUCUUACUGCUCUUGCCAGCUUUAUGCUGUGCCCUCGAAAUUUCUGAUGCUGAUGUUAAGCCUUCGCCCAUGGCAACCAGCUAUCCUUCGGCCCAUGUCCCCCGUGACGAAGAACCCGCUGUCGCUGUUCCCGCUGAUCGUUUUAGAUCGCUCUUCUCUUCUCUUGAAUCCACGGCUAAAUCUCUGGUCGACCAAACGGAAACGCUGGUAAAGACCAACCUGUUAAAGGCUCGAGACACGCUUCCUCGUGUCGUUGUUGUUGAUGUUCCUGUUUACGUCAAGUCCCAAAUUGGUUUACUCAAACUCAAUGUUGGUUCCGCCAUGGCUCCUUUGAAGCACUACAAGAAAUACCUGCAUGCCCAAACCAAGAAAGUUUCCAAGGAACUCCAGCUUAAUAAAGCUACUCGUCCCGCUCUGUUCUACUCCUUUGAUGAUUUCCUGUUUGAUAUGGCCAACUACUUCCCUUGGUUGAUGAAACUGAACCUGACUCCCUUUGAAACCGCUGCCGCUCGUCGCAAACAUAUUUAUCAGAAUGUCUAUGGUUCUGACAAAUAUGACAGUGCCCAUGCUGACCUGAUUCGUGCCCGUGUCGCCCGCUGGACCUCGCAAAGCGCCUCGAAAACUGACGUUUUCCUUAACGAGGUCGUCUCUGACUAUGAUUUCUAUCUUGAACAAGCCCGAUUCGAAAUUGAUGCCUCCCUCGAUUACCUGAACGACUGGGUCUACCAAGGAUCUGAAGCUGUACCUUUGCCUCCUAUGGAUACUUCCCAACUGCAACAGACCGCCAAUUUAAUGGACCACGCUGUUACCACCGCUUUUGACGGCGAUUUGCUGACAUCAUUCAAUCGUCAGUUCCAGGUCGCAGUUUCGAUGACCGGUCCGCUUCGUCGCCCCUUGGAAGCCAUCCGCCACAACGUCAUCAACGAUAUCAAGCAAAUCUAUGAAUCUGUUUUCCCGGAUGCUGUCCAGGACAUCCACACGUUUACCGACAAGGCUCAAACCAGGCUGAACCACCUCUAUGCGACGAUCCAACACAGUCACCGCAACGGCCAACUGGUGGACCGUGACAUCAGACGAAUUCUUGCUGACGAAAUCGUAAAAUCCCGGAACUCCUUGCACUUCCAACUGACCCAGCUGGAGAUGGCCAGAUCCCGCCUGAAAACGGCCAGAAUGCAUAUCCACUCGGUUUGGCACGACACUCACGAUGAACUACGACCUACGCCGUUCACCUUCAACUAUUGGUACGACGCCGGCUACAAGCUCCGCAACCAAUUGCAGUCGAUAAACCACUGGCAGCAACGAGUGCUUCCUCGUUGCUCCUGCUCUCUGACCUGGGGCGAUCAACCCAGGCCCCGGAAACCACUUUUCAGAAGAAGAGUCACCUAUUAA